AUGCUUUUCCUUUCACCAGUCCAAAGUCGCCAGGUCCGCUCUGUGGAUCUGACGGAAACGGAGGCGAAGGAGGCGGAGGAGGCGGAACGGAUCAGCUCGGCUCACUCGAUCGGGUCGUCCGCUACGACACCCACGAGCUCGUUCUUUCGACGCUCCUGGGCGCACACUCGGUUCGACUGUGCCGCCGGAAACCUCUCCAGCCCCGGGUCAGCACGUGCUGCCACUUUGCGCCAACUGGCUCAAACGGACGAACCGUCCCGGCCCAUAUCAGCCGCCGGCCGGGGCUCAUCUGGCGCGGUGACCUGCGCCCGCAUCGUCUGCAGCCUCGACCGGCUUCCCCGCGGCGACGCCGUGCGUGUGCGCUGGUCUGGCUGGCUGAUGGCCUCCAGCGUCUUCCGACUGCGCGCCUCUGACGUCCACCUGACGAGCCGGCUCUCGCUGGCCGACUGGGGCGACCGGCCGACCGGCCUCGUGCCCACCCAUCUCUGGCCCGAGGAGACGCCGCCGCCGCCGCUGCCGCCCUCCUUCGCACUGGAACAGUACUUCCUCUUCCGUGGCGUCAAGGCCCUCGUGCCCGUGCACAUUCCCGUCUGGCCCAUUGUGGUCGGUCUCGUGGUCGGCCUGCUUGUGCUCGUCUGCCUCGUCCUCCUGCUCUACCAGUGCGGCUUCUUCCGGCGUCGCCGCCCAACAGAACAGCAACAGGAGCAGUUGGUUCCCGAGAACGCCGCACAGAUGGCGGACCAAGAGACGAAGGUUGGUGACAGCCUCCAUCCGCUGCCGUCUGGCAACGCCCACUCGGACUCGCUGAGCAACCUGGACCUCGCAUUUCUCCAGCCCCUGGGCAAACUGACCAUUCAGCAGUCGGCCGCCACCCCAUCCUCAUCAUUAUCCAGCCCAUCUUCUCGGGCUGUCGGCGGCGCCGUCUCGGAGGCGCCGAGACGUCUCCGACCCUCUCCCGAACUUCUGGUUAAAGAGUCGCCCAACCUCAUUUGCGCCCAGAAUCCAGAACCCCCGUCGCCACGGGACGUCGACGUCGACUGGCUCGGUAUUUUCGCCGAUUGCUCAGUCUUCUCCGGCGACCUCGACUCCUCUCGGCUCGAGGAUAAGGCUGCAUCUCCGCCCUCUCGAAUUCCGACUCCACCCAAGUGA